CGGAGCAGAGCUAGUAGGCGUGCUAGCUUCACACAAGCAGCCGGCUGCCCUGUUGCCAUGCAGCAUUGUCAGUCCACAACAAUCCCGCAUAUUUGGCCGGUUGUGAGUUGCGUUUCUGCCAAGGAGCUUUGGUGGUCACGAGAGGGGGCUGAGCCGGGCUUGGGUGCGCAUUGUUGUGGGUGUUUCAUCAUUCCCGGGCUGGGGUGGGUGUGGAGGUCCACGACCAAUGCGUCGGUUUUGAAAAAAAAAAUGACACACGUAGCUACAUCUGGACGGUGACAACAUGAGCUGCGACUUGGUGUGACGAUGCAUAACUCUCCUCUUUUCCAGUACCUGCACGAUCUAGGGCACACAGACUUUGAGGCAUGUCCGACGGCAUCGCAGGAGGAGGAAUAUGGUGCACAAGAGGGAGACGCCACCUCCUCUGGCGACGAGCCACAGAAAACUUCAGGAGGACGCUUAUGGAGACUGGCUGAGGCCCUGUGGAGAUGGAGCCCGAUUCACCAGGCGGCUGCAUCCCGUAAGCUGGAGCAGCAGCUGGACUGCGUGUUCGGCCAGUACUCGGUCAGAUGCAUUCUGGACCAGGACGUGCUGCUGCAGGAGGACGUGGAGCUGAUCGAGCUGCUGGACCCCGGUCUGCUCACCCUCGGCUCGUCGCCCUCCGGCUUGCAAAACCGAGCGAGCGCCCUGCCCAGACCGAGCCUCAUCGCCACGCCCUCCGUAUGGGACGUGGCCGGGCUGGUCGGCCUGGCUGCGGUGCUGCUGGGGCUCUGCUCUGCCUCUGAGGGUCUGUGGGCUCUGGCUGCAGCCCCGUGGGGUCUGGCCCUGCUGGGCUGGGCGGGGCUGAGGGGGGCCGCGCUGUGGAGACGGGGCCGGAUGCAGAGAGCCGUCCACGCCAGGGCCGCCCAGCUCCAGACCCUGGUCCACAACAGCAAGACCCUCACCGGACUGUCCCGCAAAGCCCUGCGUCUGGUGCAGGAGACCGAGGUCAUCUCCAGAGGGUUCACCCUUUUGCUCGACAGGGUGAGUGCGGCCGGCUCCUUUAGCAGGGCGGGGCCGGGGGCGGGGCCACGGGGCCAGCAGCUCAUCGGACUGAGGAAGGCGUUGUACCGGGCGCUCCGCUCGGCCUUCAGAGCAUCACGCAGGGCCACCUGUCACAUGCUCAAGGCGUUCCCGCUGAACUCCGAGAUCGACAACGUGACCAACUACGUGUCCGCGGUGCCUCUGAAGGAGCUGGGCCUGGGCCUGGGAAUCGAACACCUGGGCGACGAGCAGGCCCAGGACCUGACCGACGACUACAGCCUGCCCGCCCUGAAGAUGCUGUUCCAGCUGUGGGUGGGACAAAGCUCCGAAUGCUUCCGUCGGCUGGCCCUCCUCCUCUCCCCGCACCGGAUCGAGGAGCCGGAGGAGAGAGGACCCACAGGAGCCUCCUCCUCCUCCCCUCCUCCUCCGGCUCCGCCCCCGCUGCACCGGUCCGUCGCUGCGGUGACCGAGCCCCUCCACCACGCCCUGGCCAGCUGUCUGGGCGAGGUGCAGCGCAGCUACGACUUCCACCGACACUUCGAGACCCAGCCGAGGACGACGGGCUGCGACAGGACCGGGCGAGCCAGGGAGAAAUGCCGAGAGCUCAACACCUUACACACCUCCAUCCGAAGCCUGCAGCUGCACCUGAAGGCCCUGCUGAGCGAGAUGAUCAUCCUGGAGGACGACCUGGAGAAGCUCAUGGUGUCUAAGGAGCUGACGGAGCUGACCCUGGAGGGCUACCAGGACCUCAGCGAGCGGCUGCACCAGCUGCAGCCUCACAUGCAGGCCAGCGCCGGCUGCUGGGAGGACACCAUCAGCCAGGUGGAGCGCAUGCUGAGACGGGCCAACACCUGUCCAGGUAAUGCCGAGGGUCUGGAGCAGUGUGGUACUCCUGUAGCUGAAAUCCCUGCUCCUCCUCCAUCCUACCCCCUGAUCCUGGACAGAGACCCCGUACCAGAGGAGCUGGAGUGGGAGGCCUACGUGUCCGACUCGGACUCUGACGGCGAAGGCAGAGGCUCGUGGUGCGACUCUUUGUCCCCGGAGGAGCGUGAGCGGCAGCGGCGGGAGAGGGAGGAGUCCCGUCGCGUCCUGUCGGAGCUCAAAGCCGUCCUGGGCUUCCGAGCGUCCGAGGAGGAGAGGAUGAAGAGGAAGCAGCUGCUCUUCAACGACCAAGCUGCUGCGGCGCUUUCAGUUCGUACCGACGGUCCAGAUCCGUCAGGCGCUGACGAAGCUGGCGACGUCGAAGGAAACCACCUAUCAGAGCGCCCCGCAGGAAACGAAGGGGAGGAGGUGGAAGGAAGAGCCAGCAGGGUGAGGCCUGACCCCUCCAAAGACCCGGUGACGGAGUUCAGCUGUGGUCUGGAGGGAGGGGAGGCGGGAGGAACUUCGGUCUGCAGCAGGGGAGGAGGAGGAGCGUCGGAGCUGCACCAGUACGACGGCGACGUGGAGGAGGUGGAGGGUCAGAACGGCCUGGACUGCUUCCUGAAGCCCAAAGUCACGGCCGUGUCCGUGAUGGACAGACUGACGGAGAUCCACGGCUCCGAGGCCCUCAGCUUCAGCUCCUCGCUCGCCGCUCAGGUGGCCGCCCGCUCGCACUCGCUCGUCAACAUGGAGGAGCAGACGUUCGGAGACGACAAGGAGGACGAAGAAGACGAGGACUAAAACCCGCUGCUUUACCCGAGCACUGAGCAGAGACCAUAUUUAUGUCUGAUUGUCUUUUAUCGGUGGGUCUGUGUUCCAUCUUCACCGUCUUUGGCGUGGAGGUAUCUCAGAUCACUCUCCACUGCCGUCCGUCCACGUCACCGUGCAUCACCCGCCAUCCUUACUGCUCUUUUGCUGUUUAAAACUCAGGUACCAGAACCACUAAAACAAAACCCGGCCUCUCCUCGCUGAGGUCGGGAGGACAGAAUGUCUGCAGUUUACCCGGUGACAUCCACACUCUGUAUAUUGAUCACACUCAUCCAGUAGAUGUGGAGGAAACGCGUGGUUGAUGAAAAAUGUGUGCUGCUGUAAAUCCAAACACUCCGGCCUGAGGUGGAAAUCUCUGAAGAUGAAUGUGCCUGCUUGUGUUUCUUCAAUGUACCAACUGAACAGACAGAGUUUUAUUUUUAUCGCAUCUCUUAUUGAUAUUUUAUGAGCAAACAAACCAACAUGUAGCAAACAAGUCAAGAUGUCACGAAGCGUCUGUGAUCAUGAAGAAGAAUCCACCCGUUGGCAGGUCGUUUCCCGGCGUCGUGUUUCCCACUUCCUCCUGAGGUGAUCCCAGGUCAGAUGAGAUAUAUGGCGUUUUUCCACCAGCACCUACUCGGUUUGUGAGGUUUUCCAUUAGUGGGUGGUACCAGAUACUAUUUUAGUAGCUACUCAGCCGUGGUUCCAAGCGACACUACACAGCAAACAUAUUUAAUACCUCACGGUGAUGAAUUGCAGCCGUUACAGGGUUGUACACGGGACUGAUAAACAAUAUCUGUAGUGAACUAGCAUUAGCUUACCCUCAUGCAUCGUCCAGUUCGUAUCCUGCUCUCUGGAGUGUUUCGACUCGCCGCCCUCUGCUUUCUCUGAGUCUCUUCUUUUGCUUUGAAUCUGACAAAAAGCCACAGACCGAGCAGCAGGUGUGCCAUCGAGGCGAUGGUCGGGCCGCCAUGCUACGACGACUCCGCCCAUGAUGACGUGGUACCCAGUUGUAAUAGAAAACAACCUAAACCGAGUAGAGUCGAGUGGAAAAGCUCCUAUAUAUAUAUAUCAUCCCUCCAGAGAAUUCUUGGUCUUUCCCAGCUAGAUGUAUCCGGAAAACCUCGUACAAAAGAUGAACCGUGAAGCAGCAGCUCUUCACUCGAUUUCUACGGCUCAGUUCAGGCCGUCCUACUGAGGAUUUCAACCGCUUCGAUCUGCGUUUUCGUUCUUUGAGCCAACAUCCAGAGGCUGGAAACUACAUCGACUGGUGUGUUGUUGUAGGGGGCGAUGUAAAGUCGAACUUCCUGGUCCUCAAAGACCUCCAGGAAGAGGUUCGUUGGGUUAGCUCAGUGUCUCAGCUCCCUCUUCACCACCAAUCUGUCUGUCCGUCUCGCUCUCCAUUUUCCCGUCGCACACGGCCAAUAAUCCAAGAUGCUUCAUCUCCUUACUUGGGUUAGCAGAGGAAGCAGUCCACCAUUGGACAGGAGAGAACAAAAUCUCAUCACCGGCCACUUCACAAAGAUCUACAAACCGGUUUGAUGAAGCUAACAGAACCACAUUGUCCGCAAACAGACGAGUGUGUAAAUAAUGCGAACCGAUGUGAAAACCCAUGAACUGUGCAGGAUCCUCCAAACCAGAGGUGUCAAACUCAUCUUAGUUCAGGUUCCACAUUCAGAACAGUCUGACCUCCAGUGAGCAGUAAAAUCACAGAAUAAGAACCUAUAAAUAAACACAACUCCACACGUUUCCUUAGUUUUAGUACAAAUAAGUACGUUCUGAAAAAGUUCACGUUUAAGGAAUUAUCUUUUUACGAAACGUCAUGAACAACCUGAAAUUUCUCAAGAAAAAUAAGUUCAAUUUCAGCAACAUUCAGCCUCAGUUUAACAUUUCCACAUUAAAACUUCCAGAUCACAGAGUGUCUACAAAGAAACACAACAUUUAGUCACAGAUAUCUGGAACUGAAUAAUCUAAAUAUUACAAAAACCAGCAAAAACACGACAAAUAUUGCAAAACUGACACACCAACAACAAAAGUGAGAAACAAAAUGGCAAAAAAUGAGAAAAACAACAUGAAGCAGAACAAAAAAAAUGACAAAGAAAGUGACAAAGUACAACUGUGAAACAAAAUGACAAAAACGACACACAAAAGGAUGAAAAAGCAAAACACAAAAUGACAAAAAUGAGACGAACAUAGAAUAGAAUCACUUUAUUCAUCCCCGAAGGGAAAUUCAGUUAUCAGGGUUCUUGGAAAGGAAUGGAAACAAAACGACAAAAAGGAAACAAAACGACAAAAAUGAGACAAAACGACAAAAAUGAGACAAAAAGGAAACAAAACGACAAAAAUGAGAACCAAAGUGUGACGCAAACCAUAAAAGUCAGCCAAACACAAGACUAAAAAUAAGACAAAAUAUUACAAAAAUGACACAAACAGCAAAAGCGAGAAACAAAAUGACAAAAAGACAAAAAGGAAGCACAACACAACAAAUAAGAGACAAGAAAAUAUACACAAAUUAGAAAAAAAUGACUGAAACUGACACAAAACGACAAAAACGUGACACGGAAGAAAAAAGUCAAACAGAAAAAGACCAUAAAAGACAAAAUAUUGCAAAAAUGAGACACAAAAGAACAAUACAGCAUUCUACUUUCUGAUCCAAACAACUUGUCAUGGUCUAGAAAUGAUUUUAAAUUUAUAGUUUUACUAAUUUACAAUCUGCAGUUAAUGUCUUCUCUGUGAUUUUUCCACUUUGAUUGGACCCUCUGGAGGACCACUUUUGGCCCACGGGCCUCAUGUUGGACACCCCCGCUCCAGACUGUCCUGAAGUGAAUCGUUUCAGUCAACGAUCUGCAGUUUGGAUGAUCUGGGGGUUGAAUAAACACAAACGGUCCUCCCUCUGAUUUCCUGCCGGCGGACAGAUUGGUGUUCGAGGAGCUCUGCAGGAAGAGGAAGCCGAGCGCUAUUUUUACCGUCGCUGCUUUAUUUCUGAGCAGCCUCCUGAUUUCUGCGAUGCAUCUCUGCACCGUCUCGAUGGCCCAACGUACCGUACGCUCAGAAUCUUCUUUCCAGUUUGGAAUAAAACACGGCUGUAUCGAAGAAGAGUCCCGUUUUCUCAGCGUCUGUGUUUACAGGGGCAGCAGAGAGGUCGCUUUUAGGGUUGAAAUGUCAAACUCAACUGCUGGUGAUUUCAAUCUACAACUUUGUUUCAUUUUGAGAGCCCUGAUGUUUCCCCUCCUCGUCACCAUGUCUGCCUUGUCCUGACCCCUCCUGCAUUUUCCAGUGUGAAAUAAAACACCGUUCUGGAAGUGUU